GUUCACACGGCGGCCCCUCCCUCGCUGGCCUCUCUCAGCAGAGUGCUGGGACCUCGGGGGUUCGCUUGUCUCUAGCGGCUUGGACAGGCAGGAUGGGCGACAUGGCCAACAGUGCCAUUGAGUUCUACCCCAAGCCCCAGCAACAGCGGGAAGCCCCCCAUGCUGGUGGCUUUGGGUGCACGCUGGCUGAGCUGCGCUCCCUCAUGGAGCUGCGAGGGGCUGAAGCCCUGCAGAAGGUUCAGGAAGCCUAUGGGGAUGUUGGUGGGCUGUGCAGACCCCUGACCACAGGCCCAGCUGAGGGCCUGGCGGACAACUCCACUGACCUAGACAAGCGCCGGCAGAUCUACGGGCAGAACUUCAUCCCCCCCAAGCAGCCCAAGACUUUCCUGCAGCUGGUGUGGGAGGCCCUGCAGGACGUGACCCUCAUCAUCCUGGAGGUGGCAGCCAUCGUCUCCUUGGGCCUUUCAUUCUACGCACCACCGGGAGAGGAGAGCGAGGCCUGCGGGAACGUGGCGACCGGGGCCGAAGACGAGGGCGAGGCGGAAGCCGGCUGGAUCGAGGGUGCGGCCAUUCUGCUGUCGGUCAUCUGCGUGGUGCUGGUCACGGCCUUCAAUGACUGGAGCAAGGAGAAGCAGUUCCGAGGCCUGCAGAGCCGCAUCGAACAGGAGCAGAAGUUCACGGUCAUCCGCAAUGGGCAGCUCCUGCAGGUGCCCGUGGCUACGCUGGUGGUGGGAGACAUCGCCCAGGUCAAGUAUGGGGACCUGCUGCCCGCCGACGGGGUGCUCAUCCAGGGCAACGACCUGAAGAUUGAUGAGAGCUCGCUGACCGGGGAGUCAGACCACGUGCGAAAGGCAGCGGACAAGGACCCCAUGCUGCUUUCAGGCACCCAUGUUAUGGAAGGUUCUGGAAGAAUGGUGGUGACGGCUGUGGGAGUGAACUCGCAGACAGGCAUCAUCUUCACCUUGCUCGGCGCUGGCGGAGAGGAGGAGGAGAAGAAAGAGAAGAAAGGCAAGCAACAGGAUGGGGCCAUGGAGAGUAGCCAGACCAAAGCUAAGAAGCAGGACGGGGCUGUUGCUAUGGAGAUGCAGCCCCUAAAGAGUGCCGAGGGCGGGGAGAUGGAGGAGCGGGAGAAGAAGAAGGCCAGCGUGCCCAAGAAGGAGAAGUCGGUCCUGCAGGGGAAGCUUACCAAGCUGGCUGUGCAGAUCGGGAAGGCAGGGCUGGUGAUGUCUGCCAUCACGGUGAUCAUCCUGGUCCUCUACUUCGUCAUUGAGACCUUCGUCAUCCAGGGCCGGGUGUGGCUGGCUGAGUGCACGCCGGUCUACGUGCAGUACUUCGUAAAGUUCUUCAUCAUCGGCGUCACUGUGCUGGUCGUGGCCGUCCCGGAGGGCCUGCCUCUUGCCGUCACCAUCUCCUUAGCUUACUCUGUCAAGAAAAUGAUGAAGGACAACAAUCUGGUACGUCACCUGGACGCCUGUGAGACCAUGGGCAAUGCCACGGCCAUUUGCUCAGACAAGACCGGCACGCUGACCACCAACCGCAUGACCGUGGUCCAGUCCUACCUGGGGGACACCCACUACAAGGAGGUCCCAGCCCCCAGCGCCCUCACCCCCAAGAUCCUUGACCUCCUGGUCCACGCCAUCUCCAUCAACAGUGCCUACACCACCAAAAUUCUACCUCCAGAGAAGGAAGGAGGCCUUCCACGCCAAGUGGGCAAUAAAACGGAGUGUGCUCUGCUGGGCUUCGUCCUGGACCUCCAGCGGGACUUCCAGCCCGUGCGAGAGCAGAUGCCGGAAGACAAGCUUUACAAAGUCUACACCUUCAACUCGGUCCGCAAGUCCAUGAGCACUGUCAUCCGCAUGCCUGAUGGCGGCUUCCGCCUCUUCAGCAAGGGCGCCUCCGAGAUCGUCCUUAAAAAGUGCUCCAACAUUUUAAACAGCAACGGGGAGCUGCGCAUCUUCCGUCCAAGGGACCGUGAUGAGAUGGUGAAAAAGAUCAUCGAGCCGAUGGCCUGCGACGGCCUCCGCACCAUCUGCAUUGCCUACCGGGACUUCCCUGCCGGCCAGGAGCCAGCGUGGGACAACGAGAACGCGAUCGUGGGCGACCUUACCUGCAUCGCUGUGGUGGGCAUCGAGGACCCUGUGCGGCCAGAGGUCCCUGAAGCCAUCCGCAAGUGCCAGCGUGCUGGCAUCACUGUGCGCAUGGUGACCGGCGACAACAUCAAUACGGCCCGGGCCAUCGCAGCCAAGUGCGGCAUCAUCCAGCCAGGGGAGGACUUCCUGUGUCUGGAGGGGAAGGAAUUCAACCGGCGGAUCCGAAAUGAGAAGGGCGAGAUAGAGCAGGAGCGGCUGGACAAAGUGUGGCCCAAGCUGAGGGUCCUUGCCCGCUCUUCUCCCACCGACAAACACACCUUGGUCAAAGGGAUCAUCGACAGCACAACUGGGGAACAGAGGCAGGUGGUGGCUGUAACCGGGGACGGCACCAACGACGGGCCAGCCCUCAAGAAGGCCGAUGUGGGCUUUGCCAUGGGCAUCGCGGGGACGGACGUGGCCAAGGAGGCCUCUGACAUCAUCCUGACGGACGACAACUUCAGCAGCAUCGUCAAGGCCGUGAUGUGGGGCCGCAACGUCUACGACAGCAUCUCCAAGUUCCUGCAGUUCCAGCUGACGGUCAACGUGGUGGCCGUGAUCGUGGCCUUCACAGGGGCCUGCAUCACUCAGGACUCUCCUCUCAAAGCCGUGCAGAUGUUGUGGGUGAACUUGAUCAUGGACACAUUCGCCUCCCUGGCCCUGGCGACAGAGCCACCCAAUGAGUCACUGCUGCUCCGGAAGCCGUAUGGGCGGGACAAGCCCCUGAUCUCGCGCACCAUGAUGAAGAACAUCCUGGGUCAUGCCGUCUACCAGCUCACCAUCAUCUUCACGCUGCUCUUCGUCGGAGAGCUCUUCUUUGACAUCGACAGCGGGAGGAACGCGCCGCUGCACUCACCGCCCUCGGAGCACUACACCAUCAUCUUCAAUACCUUCGUCAUGAUGCAGCUCUUCAACGAGAUCAACGCCCGCAAGAUCCAUGGCGAGCGCAACGUCUUCGACGGCAUCUUCCGCAACCCCAUCUUCUGCUCCAUCGUCCUGGGCACCUUCGCCAUCCAGAUUGUCAUCGUCCAGUUUGGCGGGAAGCCCUUCAGCUGCUCCCCAUUGUCCACAGAGCAGUGGCUCUGGUGCCUCUUCGUUGGUUUCGGGGAGCUGGUCUGGGGACAGGUCAUUGCCACCAUCCCUACCAGCCGGCUCAAGUGCCUGAAAGAGGCAGGACACGGGCCUGGGAAGGACGAGAUGACCGACGAGGAGCUAGCUGAGGGGGAGGAAGAGAUUGACCAUGCUGAGCGGGAGCUCCGCAGGGGCCAGAUCCUCUGGUUCCGAGGUCUCAACCGAAUCCAGACACAGAUGGAGGUAGUGAGUACCUUCAAGAGAAGCGCUUCAUUUCAGGGUGCUCUGCGCCGGCGGUCUUCAGUCCUCAGCCAGCUCCAUGACGUAACCAAUCUUUCUACCCCUACUCACAUCCGGGUGGUGGAAGCAUUCCGUAGCUCGCUCUACGAGGGCCUGGACAAGCCUGACUCCAAGACCUCCAUUCACAACUUCAUGACGACGCCCGAGUUCCUGAUCAACGACUACACCCACAACAUCCCCCUCAUCGACGACACGGACGUGGACGAGAACGAGGAGCGCUUGCGCGCGCCCCCACCCCCAGCCCCCAACAAGAACAACAACGCCAUAGACAGCGGCAUCUACUUGGCCACGUCCGCCAGCAAGUCAGCUACCUCGUCCCGGCCCGGAAGCCCCCUCCACAGCGUGGAGACGUCGCUCUAGUGGGACUUCUCUCUGGGGCCGCAUGCGCGCACGCACACAGACUCACUCGCACACACGCUCUUUCUGACGCGCCCACGGCUCACGGAUGUUCAACCAAGAGAGAAACACCCAGACGGGCAGUUUCUUUCCCCAGGACCCACGGGGGAGGAGGGCGGCGUCCCAGCUGACUUGCCUGGGCCCAUGCUCCCGUCUUACCUUGGCUCCACCAGACAAGCGGACACGUCCACAGUAUGUGUGUGAGUGUGUGUGUGGAGAUAUAGGUAUAUAUAUAUUAAUAUAUAUAUAUACACACACAGUAUGUGUGGAGUUUUAUAUAUACACAUAGAGAUAUAUAUGACAAGAUGCAUACUUACAGAAUAAGGAGCUAUUUACUGGCAUGCUACGUCCAUUCCUUUUAGCGGUCAUUUCCAUUUUGAAAUUUCAUUAUUUAUCAUAGCAGGUGGAUUUUUGUUUGGUUGCGUUUUGCUUCCCCCGCCCCCACCCCUGGCCACCCCCACCCCCCAGGGAACUAGUGUGCAAGGAUAUGUUUGGGACUCACAAACUUUGGCCCCAAAUCCCACUCACCUCCUGUGACCCCCAAUCCUCUGCACUUCCCCUCCCCCUCCCCUCAGUGCAGUUGGAUUCCUAGGAGGGGCAGGGUGAGGGGGGAAGUGGUUAGGUCCUUUGAGCCCCGCAUGUUUUGGUGAACAUGUGUCCCCUCCCGCGGCCCCACCCCCACCCCCCGGCUGGGGUGCCGGGCUUUCCUGCUCCACACUUGCAAUUUCAAGAGCAAGGUCAGGUCCCCUGCCUGCUUCUGACCCACAUGGAAGGGUUGGAUCCACAGAGCAACUGCAGACUGGAUGUCUGAUUGACACACCGGAGGAACUUCUAUGAAUGCCAGCAAGUCCUCCCUGGCCAAUCCCCAGGCUCUACCACAGGGUGCCAGGCACCCCAAAAGUGACUGGGCACAUGUCCUCAGAUGCUACCACCAAAGCACUGAGGGCGACACUGUCUCCCACCUCACCCUAACCCACCCCACCUCCCAACCCCAUCCCUGUACCACAUCACUCCAAAUCUCACUCGGUUCCCACACGCACCCCCACCCCCGCCCUGUCCUGGGCCACUUCUGAACAGGGUCAACAGAGCCCGGGCAGAAGCAGUUCUAUUGGACACAAACCCCCCACUUUCGAUGCCAGCUGCAGAUCAAUUAAAGCCAUCCCUUUGUUUCUAAAGGGCACGUUGAGAAUGUCACCCAUCUGUAAAUUGUUCCCUAAUGUCCUUGUUUCAACAACAACAAAAACGGCCACUGAGCCUGCAGAGGGACCCAUGUUCUUAAACAAGAAAUAUGCCCGGUGAAUGUUUGGCAGCCGAGGGGUUGAAUGUCUGUCCCGACCCCCUCUCGACGCCUUCGCCACCGCCGCCGCCGCCGCCGCCGCCACCGCCACUGCUGUAUAAAGUCGCCUGGUGCCAGGCUGCCUUUCUGCUGGGGGAGGAGGGCUCGGGCUGCGGGGCCUGGGAAGGCCCUCUUUACACAGCACUAUAUUAUAUGGAAUGGCUUGGUCAACUGUGUUCAGUCAUUAAAUAUGUUUUACACUUUUAUCUGCCUGUUAUAAAGACAAACAAAAUACCGUAAUGAGAAAGACCACAGAUGCAUCAUAAUUUAAAGUCUGUAGUUGAGUUUCCUAAUUUCAAGAAUAGAAGCAACAUUUCUGUGCAUUAAAAAGGAAAGCAAAA